UUCCGCAAAAUCUGCGUGCGCACUUGCAAGAAAUCGGAGCAAAACUCAAAUUUACCAAAACAAGUUCACGAUUUUUACAUUUACGGGGCAUCAAGGCAUGACAAAUGCAAUCAGAUGACACACAUGUAUUAGUACGGGUCUCAAGACAAUGUUGAGUGGGCCUUCAAAUGCGAAGAAGUCUGCAGUAUGCCGCUAUUUUGCAAAUACAGGGAGCUGUUUCUACGGUGCUGAAUGUCAGUUUUCGCAUGAUGCUCCAGAUGGCUUACCCGAAAAUGUAGGGACAGGCGCGCCAACCACAAAAUUUGCUUCGGGCACCGCACCUGAUCAUCCUCAAGGUAUUGUUGUAGGACGUGAGGCAAACAACGGAGACCAAUAUUUCACUGCAACUUUCAAUGGUUUUAAUGAAUUUUCACCAUACUCUCAAAGAACUAACAGUGGUGGCCGCGGGGUAGGGAUGCAGGACCCCUCACCCUCUGGCCCUCCUGGUGUGGACCAUCUUAGCUCUGGCUUCUCUGCACUCAAUAUUGAGCAUUCUAAGACUGAGCUGAAGCCAGGUGCCAGUGAGUUUAUUCCUAAGAGUUCGGGUACUCUGACCCACAGUGCCAGUGUCCCCUCCUUCCCUGACUAUGGAGUCGGUCCGUUCAAGCCGGGCAUGCCACCCGCUUCCAUGGCAGCUCAGGUCAUGCAACAGCAAGGUCACUCGUUGUCUGCAGGGCCGAGUCCAGCGCACACACCAACGCAUUCACCCUUGCUCAGCCGGAGGAGCAAGUCGCCACUGGUGCAAUUGAACACUUCUGUAGCGACAUCCAAUGCAGAAGGUUCAGGAACUCCCUUGCAGCUACAGGAGAAUGUAGGGGGCACCACCUAUUUUUAUACCCAUGAUGAGGCAGUGGCCAAUCAACAGAGAUUGGCAUUUCCAAGCUACAGUGAGUAUGCCAGUGUGCCUCCUCACAUUGCCCACAUGAAACUCAAGUCCAACAUGCCCUCCUUCUUUAUGCCUGAUGAGAUCAAGAUGGAAUUGUUGAACAAACAGGCAGUGACUUUGUGUCAAGUAGAGGGGGCAUUAGAUCUCCCUGCAGAGGUGGACAAGUACCAUAACCUGGUUCCCCUGGAACCCCCUGCCAUCAGCCCCAUGCAAAAGUCCAGUACCUUUGGCUAUCCUACCUCCUGUUACAAGGCCGUGAACACGGAGGAUGGACUCACCUACUGUCUGAGGAGGAUACAUGGCUUCCGCCACAUUCACCCCCGGUGUUUGGAGUUGAUAGAUAAGUGGAAGAAGAUCCAGCACUCCAACAUGGUGUGCCUCAGAGAAGUGUUCACUACCAAAUCUUUUGGGGACCACUCCAUGGUGUUUGUAUAUGACUACUAUCCGAGGUCAGAGACUCUGAUGUCGCGGCACUUCAGCGCACCUCCGAUGUUAAAUGGGUAUGCAAACCCAUACAAUCUAGAUGGCGCUGCUAGGCCUUUCAGCGCGGGUAAAGGGUUAAAUGGACCUCGUCAGCAUGCAGGCCUCCUCCCAGAAAGCUUGAUAUGGUCCUAUGUGGUCCAGCUGAGCUCUGCAUUACGGACCAUCCACACACAGGGGCUAGCAUGCCGCGUGAUGGACCCGACCAAGAUACUUAUUGUGGACAAAACCAGGUUACGUUUGAACUGUGUGGGGAUCUUUGAUGUGUUGAGUUUUGAUCCCAACCAGGCCAACCCCAUGGCCAUGAUGCCCCACUAUCAGCAAGAAGACCUGGUGUCUCUGGGCAAGGUGGUGCUGGCCCUGGCCUGUAAUUCUGUCAUUGGCAUUCAGAGAGAACACAUACAGACAUCCAUGGAACUUGUGGCAAGAAACUAUUCUGCAGAUCUGAAAAACCUCAUACUGUAUUUGCUGACCAACCAGAAUCGCAUGCGCAGUGUGAAUGACAUUAUGCCAAUGAUUGGUGCCAGGUUCUACACGCAGCUGGACGCCGCCCAGUUGAGAAAUGACGUCUUGGAGAAUGAACUCUCUAAGGAAGUUGAAAAUGGCAGACUGUUCAGACUUUUGUGCAAGCUUGGUUUGAUAAAUGAAAGACCAGAGUUUCACUUGGAUCCUGCAUGGUCAGAAACAGGAGACAGAUACAUGCUGAAGUUGUUCAGAGACUUCCUGUUUCACCAAGUGGAUGAAAACAGCCAGCCUUGGAUUGAUCUGGCACAUGUUGUGCAAUGUCUGAACAAGCUUGAUGCUGGAGUUCCAGAAAAGAUCUGCCUGAUGUCCCGUGAUGAGCAGAGUGUCAUUGUCGUCACAUAUGCAGAAUUAAAGAGGUGCGUGGAGUCUGCCUUCAAUGAGCUGCUGGCGCCAUCAGCAACCCAGGUGGAGGGGGGUGCUCAACAUGCCAGUAUGGUACCACCUCAAGGCGCCGCUCAGCCUGGCAUGGCCUCCAUCGCAGGGAUGCAUCCUGGGAUGCCAGUGUCCCAUGGUGGGAUGCCAGGAGCAGCAGGGAUGCCGGGACCUAUGAUGCCAGGGAUGUCUUAGUGGGGCUCAGACAACUGGAAGUUAAGGACAAUAAUCUGGACGGGUCAAUUUUAAUGCAGCUGUAUUUUUGCACAUAAUAUAUGAAUAUUGCUUUGGUCAAAUAGGAUUUUAUUUCAUUAUAGAAUCUAUUAUUUUGGACAAUACUGGAUGCACAUUCUUGGCUUGGAAAGGAGUGUAGAUCAUAUUUUUAAGAGGCCCUGUUGUUAUACUGUAGAGUAAGCAUUUAAUACCAUGUGUUCAUUGAUAGCAAUCCUUGUAAGGUUGCUUAUUCUGAAUGGUAAUAGGGACAUGUGUAUGUUAUUAAAUAGGAAACCAGUUUGAAGAAUUGGAAAGAGUUUAGUAAGAAAUUUAAGUUUAAACUAGACAUUAUGUACAUGCCAAUCAUACUCUCAAAGAUAAGAAUUUCAGCCUUCCAAUUCAGAGAACUGUUUUGCGAGCAGCUUCAAAGCAAAGUGGUCAAGGUAUAAUGUGGCAAAAAUAACCCAUCAGUAAAUGAAACACUAGAAUUUCACUGGCUUUUUACAAAAACGACCGUAAGUUGUUGGUUAAUGAGCCACAGAUAAAAAUUUUCAUUAUUCAUUUUUAUUUUCAUCUCUGCUCUUUAUGGUCAGUUGGUUUGGUUGCAUUUUUGUCGCAUCUAGUUUAUUGCUCUUUACUGCUUGCUUAAGGAUCAUGCCAGGUCAAGGAUACAUUGUUUGAUGAUACAGGGAAGUCCCCAGCAUGUGAAUAUAGAUGUGCCUUUCUCAUGGUUCAGAGUGGACCCCCUCCAUUGUUCUACAUGAAGGUGAUGAUUGUUUACUUCUAAAUCAAGAAAUUAGCCUCGAUAUCAGCUGAUGUUGACACACUAAGUCACACAUGAUCUUCACCAGAGUGAGGCUGGGAUGGUAUUGAAGUGAGAUUUUGAUAGAGUAAGUGAAUGAACAUGACGAGCCUGACUAAUAACUGUUGGCUGAUUUUGAGACAUUCAAAGUUGAUGACUGUACAUAUACCACUUGAACGAAGACCUCCGUGUGAGGGUUUUAUUUCAAGUCCUAUUUGUAUUUAUUCUCAUGUAAUCAUGUUAUCUAAGGACUCGUGAAUAUCUUGUUUAUCUGUACAUGAUGGGCAGCAAUUUCCACCACAUUUUUUAAAGAUUGAAUUAAGUGUGAGAGACAACCUUGGUUUUUACCAGUAGAGAAAAUUUUCACGUCUUAUUAGAACAAAGUGGGUUGAUGAGCGUUUGAGUUCCUCCCAGUUGUAGAUGGAUACAUCCAUCGAGAAAUUUUUGGUUACGUUACACUUCAUCAUUAUCCUUGGAUUAUUUGUUUUUAAUUUUGUAUUUCCAAAAUGUAAAUGAAAAUGUAAUUAAGGUAAAAUAUUGAUGAUUAUUUGCU